CAUUUUCUGUGGGAGUUGAGCCUGACGGAAGAAACGUUCCGAUUUUGAGCGGUGUUUUAGAGAGAGAGAGAUGGACGGGAGAGGAGGUUGCUGUAUAGCGAGAUAUUCCGGUGGAGAAGUGUACGGUUGUGAUAUGUCCAAGGUGGAUCGGAUAAUGCUCCGGUUCCGUCCCAUCGCCCCGAAACCAGUCGCCGCCGGGGACGGCUCCGGUACCGGAGCGAGGACCGAAAAGAACGAAGGCCAAUCCAGAGGCGGAAGAGGAAAGAGAAGGUACGCCAGAGAUGGUGGUAACAAGCGGUGCAACAACGGCAAUAAUAAGAAGAGAAGGGCUUCUCCUGAUCAUCAUGAUCAGAAACGAUCAGGUGCGUUGGUUUCUGAUCAUCAGGACGAUCAGACGGUGGUGACGCUUCUUCCUCUCUUGCCGGAGACGCCGGAGCCGAAGGAGCAGAGGAGUGAUCCGGUAUCGCCACCGCCGACGUGGCUGAGCUUUGAUCAGCAGAGAUAUUCAUUUCCCCGCGGACGGUCGCCAGAUCCGACGGUGGUGAUGAUACCGCCGCGGCCGGCGAAGGUGGUGGGGUCGAGCGUGACGGUGGAAUGCGUGACGGACACGUGGGCUGACGGGAACGCCCUGGGGCGUACGGACGAGGAGAGGAGGAUGAAUCUGGGGAGGGACACCUGUCCGGGGUUCACGUCGGACGGUUUCGGGAGGGUGACGUGGACGAACGGGGCGUACAGGGCGUUGGUGGGCCAGCAGGGUGGACCCUGGGAGAGUAGUAGUAGUUGUACAACUACUAGUACUGAUCAGAACAUCAAUAAUAUCAUAGUUUGGUUGGUGAUGAAGGAGAGACUACCAGCGGCGGUGACGCUAACGUACCCGGCGUUCACGUGCAGGGUGAGACUGCAGUGCUACGUGGAUGGGAUGGAGGUGACGAAGAGCUCGCUAACGGUCCCCUGUGACGUCUGGAGAAUGGACGCCGGUGGCUUUGCAUGGCGAUUGGACGUCAACGCCGCUCUGUGCCUCGGCCGGUAACGUUAGUGUUGUCACCUCCACAGUUAUACCAUGCUCUGGUCUCAUCUCUCGUUAAAUUUGUUACAUACAUAUGAUGAUGAUAAUAAUAAUAAUAAUAUUAUUAUUAUAUGUU